UGUGCCCUGAUGAUCAGUGUAGCCCCCAGCAGUGCCACCUGUCAGUUUCCAUCAAUGCCAGCUGUCAGUGCUCGACAAUGCCACCUGCCAGUACCCAUCAGUGCCACCUAUCAAUGUCAGUCAGUGCCACCUAUCAGUGUUGCCAAAUAGUGCCACCUAUCAGUGCCAGUCAGUGCCGCCUAUCAGUGCCAGUCAGUGCCACAUAUCAGUGCGCACCAGUGCCGCCUAUCAGUGCCAGUCAGUGCCACCUAUCAAUGCCAGUCAGUGACGCCUAUCAGUGGCAGUUAGUGCCACCUAUCACUGCCUUUCAGUGUCCAUCAGUGAUGCCUGUCAAUGCCCAUCAG